GCCUUUAACAACAAAGGCUUUUUAUGCUUAUUUUGUCAUUAAAGACAUUUUACACAAAAUGGCGAAAAAACAUCGCUAAAUAUUUUGUCACUUUCACUAAGCAAGAGCAAGUUGAAAGCCUUAAUAAUGUCAUCCAUUGUCACUUUGACUAAGCAGUCCCGACUCCCGAGUGUCUUCACUCCACACAUCACUUCAUUCCCCACUCUCAUCAAAUCCCCUAAAUUUUCCAGGUUUGCGUGGGAACAAAGGAGGAAGUACUUAUGUCUUUUGAGGGGUGAUAAUUGAGAGCUAAGGGAGGUUAGAAGAUGGGUGAAAGUGGUGAUGGAGAAGAGGCAAUGCAAGGGUUGGGCUGCCGCGAGCAGGAGAGGAUUUUGGUGUCUGUUCGUUUGCGGCCUUUAAAUGGGAAGGAAGCUUCAAGGAAGGAGCCAAUAGACUGGGAAUGCAUCAAUGAUACUACUAUCACAUACAAAAAUCACUUGUCUCCUGAAAGAUCAUUGUAUCCAAAUUCCUUUACAUUUGACAGGGUGUUUAGAUGUGAUUGCUCUACAAGGCAGGUGUAUGAAGAAGGAGCCAGAGCAGUUGUUCUUUCGGCUGUCUCCGGCAUCAACUCGAGUGUUUUUGCAUAUGGGCAAACAAGCAGUGGUAAAACAUUUACUAUGUCUGGUAUAACUGAGUAUACUAUGGAGGACAUUUUUGCCUAUACACAGAAGCACAAAGAAAGAGAUUUCCAGUUAAAGUUCUCUGCUAUAGAGAUCUACAAUGAAUCUGUGAGAGAUCUAUUGACAGCAGAUCAUAGUCCCCUUCGCCUUUUGGAUGACCCAGAGAGAGGUACAGUAGUUGAGAAACUUACCGAGGAGACUCUGCGGGACUGGGACCACUUUAAGAAACUUCUUGCUGUAUGUGAAGAACAAAGGCAGAUAGGGGAGACUUUUCUCAAUGAAGCUAGCUCACGUUCCCACCAAAUUAUCAGAUUGACAAUUGAGAGUUCAACUCGUGAACUUUUAGGCAAAAGUAAUUGUAGCACCCUUACUGCUACUUUGAAUUUUGUGGAUCUUGCUGGAAGUGAGCGGGCUUCACAAGCAUUAUCUGCUGGAUCCAGGUUGAAGGAAGGAUCACAUAUAAAUCGAAGUUUGUUAACAUUGGGAACAGUGAUUCGUAAAUUGAGUAAGGGUCAAACUGGGCAUAUUCCUUACCGAGAUUCAAAGCUCACGCGGAUAUUACAAUCCUCCCUGGGAGGCAAUUCUAGAACUGCUGUCAUAUGUACCAUGAGUCCUGCACGCAUUUAUGUAGAACAAUCCAGAAACACCCUCCUUUUCGCAAGUUGUGCUAAAGAAGUUACUACUAAUGCUCGUGUAAAUGUUGUCAUAUCCGACAAAGCCUUGGUGAAGCACUUGCAAAGAGAAUUGGCAAGACUUGAGAGUGAGUUGAGUAGCUCAAGCCCCACCAGUGGGUCUCUUGAUACUAACCUGUUGAGAGAAAAGGAUUUUAAAAUAGAUGAGUUGGAAAGACGGGUAAAUGAGUUGACUGUACAACUGGAUCAUGCUCUAUCCCAAAUUCAUAACUUGCAGCAGCGAGCUGGUGAACGAAGACUUGUUAUAUGGGAGGAAAAUUCUUCUUACUCUCGAUUACAUGUUCGUCAAGAUUCUGAAAGUUCCUGCUUAGAUGCACCCUCUACAGUGGAUCACCACUCCUUUGAUGCUCGUUCUCCAUCAUUUGAAUAUACUCAUUCUCCAGAUAGACAUAGUAGACUCAGCUAUGGUGAAAACUACUCAUCUUCUGACAUUGAUGAAAAUCUUCCUACCAGUAGCCAAUCCGAGAACAGGUUCAUAGAGACACAAAAUGAUGUCUCCCCGCUCAUGCAUAUGCAGACUCCAGUUGUGGAAAUGACCCAUUAUCAAGUUCCUGAAAUAUUUGGAGAACGAAAAACCGACCUUUCAGAAACUGGUCAAGCAGAAACAGGCGUACAAACUAUUAACUCUUUUGAAAAUGAUAUUCGUCACUUGUCAAAGGAAACUGGGGAGGAAAGCUCGGAUACCUUUGAAUUAUGUCUCCAGAAUGUUUCUAAUGGGUAUGGAUCCCAAUCACCCUACGUUGUAUUUGAUCCAUUUCAUGUUUCUGAUGAAUUUGGUGAGGAAGCCCUCGACUCUUGUGAAGUUGAGCAGCGCCACAUCUCUGAGGGACUUGCUGGGACAAUCACCAACCAUGAUGAUUUCUUCCUACACGGAACUCCAGAGGCAGCUAGAUUACAGAAUCAUGAAAACUUUGAUGAUCACUGCAAGGAGGUUCACUGCAUAGAAUUUCAAAAUCUACAAAAUAAUGUAUUACUACCCAAAGAGAAGCGAAAAGCAUUACUAUCAAAGAAUAUGGAGAAUGAUACAUACGCAGAUGAUGAACAAACACAAUAUCGUGACUUGGAAAAUGUCAACUCUUCUCUUCAGGAUUCUGAAGAACCAUCUAGUAGACAGCUAAUAGAUGAUGAGCCUCAAAUUCAGAACUCCAAUGGUAUGGAAAGUAGUCCUCAAUCAAGCAACCUGAGGACAUCUGUUUCAUCUCCAGAAGAGGUGAAGUGUGAAAUCAAAAUUGAGAGGGGAGAGGCUGAGUAUAGUGUUGGAACCGAGAAGUUUAUUACUCUUGGAGUUGAUGCUGGCAAUUGUGUUCCUCAGAUUCAAACUGGAUAUGCACGACUUGAUGCAGUUCAGGUUGCAGAAGUUGGGCUUUCUAACCACUUGGAUUAUAUUGAGAACUAUACAUCUCUCUCGGCCAGAAAGGAUUUUACCAAGUCCAAAUCGAUGGAUCAACUUCAACUUCGAAAAUUUCAGGUUGAGGAAAAAUAUCAGAAGCAACAUAACUUUAUCAAGAACGUGAAAGAUGUUAGCUUAAAUUCGCAAGAUGAUUUGGUUGAUAGUCCUCCGCCUCUUUCAGAUGUUAAGAAAUUACAGGAUGGGAUUAUUGAGCUUUGGGAUGCCUGCAACAUUUCAUUGAUACAUAGAACCUGUUUUUUCCUUCUCUUCAUCAAAGAUGGCCAUGCAGACACAAUUUACAUGGAGGUAGAACGCAGAAGACUCAGCUACAUCAAAGAUUCAUUUUCUUUGGGAAAAGCAGCUAUCUUAGAUGGUUGCCAACUCACACCUAUUUCAAGUAAAUGGGCUCUUCUCUCUGAAAGGAAAAUGUUGAGUAAGCUAAUGAAACGAAGGCUCUCUAAACAAGAGAGGAGGGAAAUAUAUGUGAGAUGGGGCAUCAGUGUAGAUAGUAAAAAGAGGCGCUCACAACUCGCUCAUCUUCUUUGGUUCAAUGCCAUAGACAUGGACCACAUCAUGGAAAGUGCUAAGAUUGUUGCUCGACUAGUUCGGUUCAGUGAACCCCAAGUUCCGAAGGAGGUAUUUGGUCUUAGUUUGACGACUACCCAGAGGCGGAGAAAAUCAUUUGGGGGAAGCAGAUUCCUAACCAUUUCAUGUAAGAAACAUAUUCCAGAAGUUAUUCAUUGAGCUAAUGUGUUGUAGCUAAUUGUAGGUUUGUGGUAAGUACCUCAAUUCAGACAUGCUCAUUCUUUUGUUAGGUAAUCUGUAAUCGUGAGCGUUAGUAUUGACUAUUGUUGCAUUUGCUAAUGCUAGAGCGCCUUUGUCUUCAGCCUUUACGAGCGCCCCAAGUAUGAAUGCCUUAUUAUUUGGUAUGUUAAGAUAAUGCAACAAGUUUUAUAGCGAAUGGUCCUCCCUUUCCAUAAUCAUGUAUCCAAUGUAUAAUUCUUGUUGAUUCUUUCAUAAUAAACAAGCAUAGUGGAAGUGCCUUCUUUUCCAUUAGCA